AUGAAAGCACAAUGGGAUAAUGUGGGUCUUAGAACUUUCAUUGACAUUUGUGUGGAAGAAGUGAAUGCCACUAACCGUGGCAAAGAACGAACAUUGACACCACCUGGAUAUGACAAUGUGGUAAGAAAGUUUUUUGAGCGCACGAGGAGAGAAUAUACACGAAAGCAAUUCAAGAAUAAGUGGGAUGUGCUGAAAAAAGAGUAUGCUGUUUGGAAGACAUUAACCCAAAAGGCAUCAGGCAUUGGGUUUGAUCCUGUUACCAAGACCAUUGCGGCUAGUGAUGAAUGGUGGGGAAAUGAGAUACUUAGAAAUGAACUUGCCGCCAAGUUUCGAUUUGCACCACUAGAGGACGAGAUCAAACUGAGUGCUAUAUUUGAUGAUGUCAGUGUGACAAAUGAGUAUGCGAGGGCGGCACCUCCCUCAUCUCAAGUUGGUGCCUCUCAAAUUCACAUUGAUGAUGAUGAUGGGGCAGGUUCAAGAUGUGAAGUAGAUGCUACUCAUGUGACACUAACAAAGCUAAAGAGGGAGACUAGCCGCAAUUCGGCGACAUCUGAAAUGAAGGAGGAUCCUGUGAGAGAUGAGAUUAAGGAGAUGAAGGACAUGGUGGUGAAUGAUGGAGGUAAACCUGGAAGUGAAGUGUAUUUCCAUGCUCUAGAACUCUUUACGAAGAAGAAACAUCGUGAUGUCUUCAGUGCACUAAAGGAGGAAGAUUCAAGUAUGGACAUCUCUGUUCAGGAGGAAGAGGAGGAGGAACUUGAUUUUUGCGUUGUUGCAAUGGCAUAUUAUCUUCUAAACAAAGCGAGGCUGCCAUAUGGACCUAGAAGAGCACCAAUGAUGAUGGGAUUGCAGUGGGUGGAAGAGAAGGAGAAGCAACCACAAAUAUUCUACUCUAUGUUCAGGAUGUGA